UUUGUUUACCAAUAUGAGUCAACCAGCGAAAACACGGUGCGCCUUUUGCUAUUCGAUUCGUGAUACCGCCGUUGUAGAUACGCUGCUAUGCUGUUACCGGAUUAUUUAGAAUUCAGCUUAAGUUUGUACAGUAUUGGAGCGGUUUGUGUGGUAGUGUUUUUGUACAAGUCUCGAAAGUUAAUUGGUAGAUUUUUGAAAGAAAGGCGCAUACGCAAAGAGCUCACGAAGGAAAUUGAUGGCCCGCAGCCACAUUGGUUGUUUGGUCACCUAAAUCUGGUUCAACCAAAUGAAGAAACUAUCCUCAAAACAUGCGAACAGACACAAAAAUACCCGAAACUUGGAAUGGUGUGGUUUGGUCCAGCAUUAGCGUACUUGAUGGUAUUUCAUCCGCAUGUAGUGCGACCUGUACUGAACGUUGAACACCCGAAGGACAACUUGGCGUACAGAUUCAUCAAACCAUGGAUUGGCGACGGAUUGCUGGUUAGCCACGGCAGUAAGUGGCGAAGAAACCGCCAUCUACUUACUAAAGCUUUUCAUUUCGACAUAUUAAAACAGUACACUAAAGUUUUCGAUGCAUGCUGCAAAACAAUGUUAGAAAAGUGGUCGCGGAAAUGUGACGGUUCUACGGUAGAAGUGUUUAGGCCAGUUAGUCUGAUGACCCUGGACAGUAUGCUGCAGUGUGCAAUAUCGUGUGAAACAGAAUGCCAACAAGAAGGGAACAGCAACGCUUAUACAGACGCGGUAUUCACCCUAACCACAACUGCUAUGAAACGAAUUUUCAAUCCAUUUUGUCACGUUGACUGGAUUUUUGCCAUGACAAAAAGUGGGCGGCAGUUUAAAGCGGCGGCCAAACUUAUUCACGAAUUUGAUGAAAAGGUAAUUCGGGAACGCCGUCAGGAAAACAAAAAGAUUUUAGGUAGAAGUGACGACGAAGAUCUCACGCAAGAAGAUUUGGAAAAGAUUACUUCUUGGCGAAAAUCAGAUGGAAGAUACUUGGACUUUCUGGAUAUGUUGAUUUUGACAAGGGAUGAUGAUGGGAAAGGUUUAACUGAGCGCGAAAUACGGGACGAAGUAGACACUUUUCUGUUUGAAGGUCACGACACUACGGCUAGCGGCAUUGCUUGGUCAUUAUAUUGUCUUGCAGCUAAUGAGGAAUAUCAAGAAAAAUGUAGGGAAGAAAUUGAACAAGUUGUGGGAUCAAAAGAUGCCUUGGAAUGGCAAGAUCUAUCAAAGCUGCCGUUCGUUACGAUGUUUAUAAAAGAAGUACUUCGACUUUAUCCACCGGUGUUUGCAGUUGCGAGAAGAACUGAACAACCGGUUAAAUUUCCGCGAGGAUUUGGUGGUGAUCAAUUCAACGUCGGCGAUGAACAGCUUCCUAAAUCCGACUGCAGCAGAGUGGUGGACGCACCUUUAAACAUCGGAAUUCCGAUCAUGACGCUUCAUCGUAACGAACAAGUUUGGGAAGACGCGAAGGUUUUUGACCCGUACAGAUUUUCGACCGAAAACUGCGCCAAGCGAUCUCCGUACGCUUACCUACCGUUCUCUGCAGGCCCGAGGAACUGUAUCGGACAAAAUUUCGCCAUGGCUGAGCUAAAGACUGUACUGGUACGCACGCUGUUGAAGUACAAAUUGUACGUGGACAACCAAUGUCCUGAUCCGAAAAUGUCGCCGAUGAUUGUCCUUAAAUCACUUAAUGGAAUCCACAUCAAGUUAAAGAAGAUCUGAAGUUUUUACACCGAAAGUCAAAGCAAAAACAUUUUUGCUCUAUUUUAUGCUGUGCUGUUAAGUAAUCAAAUGUUUCGCAAAAAAAUACUGAAUGAUUCAA